AUGCAAAACUGGAUUAAAUAUGCAAAAUUCGAAGAAACCCAGGGUGAACUUCAACGGGCUCGUUCAGUAUUUGAACGAGCAUUAGAUGUGGACUAUCGAAAUAUUGGUCUUUGGCUUAAAUAUGCUGAAAUGGAAAUGCGUCAUAAACAAGUGAAUCAUGCACGAAAUUUAUGGGAUCGAGCAGUUACUUUAAUGCCUCGAGCUAAUCAAUUCUGGUAUAAAUACACAUAUAUGGAAGAAACAGUAGGAAAUAUUGCUGGUGCAAGACAAAUAUUUGAAAGAUGGAUGGAAUGGCAACCAGAAGAACAGGCUUGGCAUGCAUACAUCAAUUUUGAGCUUCGAUAUAAAGAGAUGGAUAGAGCACUUCAUCCUGAACCGAAAAAUUGGAUUAAGUAUUCAAAAUUUGAAGAAAGAAAUGGUUUCUUGAAUUCAGCCCGAAAAGUAUUUGAAAGAGCUGUAGAAUUUUUUGGGACAGAUAAUCCACAAGCUCGUUUGUUGAUUGAUUUUGCUCGAUUUGAGGAACGUCAAAAGAGAAAAGGUGUUGAUACUAUGCUUGAUGUAAGAAGUAAAUUAUUAUCAGGUCACCUUGGUGGGCUUGGCGAUAUGUAUGAACGUGCUCGAGUUAUUUACAAGUAUGCCUUAGAAAAUUUACCAAAAGAAGAUUGUCAAGAGAUUUAUAAAGCUUAUACACUACAUGAGAAAAAGUAUGGUGAUCGACUAGCUAUUGAAGAUGUGAUUUUGAACAAAAGAAAAUUUCAAUAUGAAGAGGAAGUUCAAGCCAAUCCUCAUAAUUAUGAUGUGUGGUUUGAUUAUGUUCGUUUAAUGGAAGAAGAAGGUUCAGUGGAACAAACACGAGAGAUUUAUGAACGUGCUAUUGCCAAUGUACCUCCAAUUAAAGAAAAACGAUAUUGGAGACGAUAUAUUUAUCUUUGGUUGAAUUAUGCACUUUAUGAAGAAUUAUCAGCAAUUGAUAUUGAACGAACACGUCAAUUAGCUGAUGCUAGAAAAUUAUUGGGCUCAGCACUUGGCAUAUGUCCAAAAGAUAAACUCUAUCGUGGUUAUAUAGAAUUAGAGAUUCAACUUAGAGAAUUUGAUAGAUGUCGUAAACUAUAUGAAAAAUUUCUUGAAUUUUCUCCUGAAAAUUGUACAACUUGGAUGAGGUAUGCUGAAUUGGAAAGUCUUCUUGGUGAAAUAGAUCGUGCACGAGGUAUCUAUGAGUUGGCAAUCAACAGACCUUUAUUAGAUAUGCCAGAAUUAUUAUGGAAAGCUUAUAUCGAUUUUGAAAUUGAACAAUAUGAUUGGGAACGUGCUCGUUCACUAUAUCGAAGAUUACUAAAUCGAACAAAACAUGUUAAAGUAUGGAUAAGUUUAGCUAAUUUUGAAUUAUGCGCACUGAAUAAAUUGACUACUGCUGAUUUAGAUGAUGAAGAUUUAGAACACUUAAAAAAUAUUCAAUUAGAUAAAGAAACAUUAAUACAAGAACAUAAUGAAAAUGAAGUUAACAAAGCAAUAGAACGUUCACGUAAAGUAUAUCAAGAGGCAAAUAAAGCUUUAAAGUAUAUAGAUGAUAAGGAACAACGUGUUCGUCUCCUUGAAACCUGGAAAGAAUUUGAGUAUGAAUAUGGAGAUGAGCAAACACAACGUGAUGUUGAUAAGUUACAACCACAAAAAGUUGUUCGUAGCCGUCGACUUGGUGAUGAACGUAGUGGUUGGGAAGAAUAUAUUGAAUAUACAUUCCCUGAUACAGAUGCAGAGAAACCAAAUCAAAAAUUAUUAACAAUGGCUGCUAGAUGGGCAGAACAAAUGGAAAGGAAAAAAGCUGCUGCUGCUGCAGAAGAUAAUAAUGAUGAAAAAGAUUCUAGUGAAGAAUCUGAAGAUGACGAUGACAACGACGACGAUGAUGACGAGGAGAAGAAUGAAGAUGAUCAAUUACAAGGUGAUGAAGAUGAUAAUCGUAUUCCUGAAAAACAACCUACCUGGUUUGAACGAAAAAAUAUGGAAGAGAUUGAAAUCGAUGAAGACAGUGAUUAG